AUGGCGUCCUUCAAUUCUUUCCCCAUCCCCAAACAGAUUGUGGGUUCUUCGUCUUCUUCUUCUUCGUCUUCCUCUCCUUCUUCUCGGCCACGUGUAUUGGUCCGAUCGAGUAUGGCGUCGUCGAUGAGCUCGACCAAUAGUAUGAUGGUUUUUGUACCUCCGCAUACUUUGAUCAAGCAUUGGAUCUCCCUAUUGAGAUGUGAGCAAACUUCUAUCCCCAUUCUCGUGAGAAUUCCGAUGAAUGCAACGAGGUGGUCCUUCUUAUCCUCAAUCAAAGAGGAAACCAGAUUUUACCAGAAAUAUCCUCUGAAAGUAUGUGGCUGUGCAUCUGCUACUUCUUACACUGCAGAAAAUGUCUAUGUAGAGCUCAAAAAUCCAAAGGAAAAUGUAGGAGUGGGUUUUGUUGGAGAACCAAUGUCCUCUGCAGAGAAAGCUCAUUUAUCUCGUAGCAUGUUGCAAUACAAUUUACUGGGGAAGAACCUUUUGGCACUAGAGGAAACUUUUGUGGCCUUGGACUCUUUAGGAAUGGAAAGAGACAUUAUGUUGCAAAUGGGGAAACUAGGAGCUGCCGAGUUAUUCAAGACCUGUCUAUCUAGGUCCCGUGGCUCUUCUUCAUCCGCGUCAUGCUUAUCUGAUACAGAAACAAAGUUGGUGGAUACUUCGCCAAAAGAGCACUCCUUUGUGUCUUCGAGAAGGAAACUGAAAAAGAAAGCAAGAAGGUCCAGUUUGAUGACUGGAAAUGGUGAUGAUGGGGAUUCUUUGACAAUUGGUUCAAAAUCCACAUGGAGCGAUAUUGAUGUCUCUAGAGUGAGAAAGUCAUCAAAAUACAGAAAGAAAAGAGAGAGGAUAUCAAGAAACGAGGCUGAGAUGUCAACCGGAGUCAAGAUAGUGGCGGACAUGGAGAGAAUCAGAACGCAGUUGGAAGAGGAAAGUGGUAAAGUAGCGAGUAUGAGCUCUUGGGCUGAAGCUGCAGGGAUGAACGAGAAACUUCUAAUGCGCAAUCUACACUACGGUUGGUACUGUAGAGACGAACUGUUGAAAAGCACUCGCUCUCUGGUUCUCUUCCUCGCAAGAAACUACCGUGGACUCGGCAUCGCCUACGAAGAUCUUAUUCAGGCAGGGUAUGUUGGAGUGCUACAAGGAGCAGAGAGGUUUGAUCACACAAGGGGUUACAAGUUUUCGACAUAUGUGCAAUAUUGGAUAAGGAAGUCCAUGUCCAUGAUGGUCUCACGCCAUGCAAGAGGCGUCCACAUUCCUACGUCAAUUAUCCGAACUAUGAGUCAGAUACAAAAGGCUCGUAAGACCUUGAAAACGAGCCAUGGGAUAAAAUAUGCGGCCGAUGAGGAGAUUUCGAAACUAACAGGCUUCUCGUUGAAGAAGAUUCGAGCAGCUAACCAAUGUUUAAAAGUGGUUGGUUCAAUCGACCAGAAAGUCGGUGAUUGCUUUACUACAAAAUUCUUGGAAUUUACAGCGGACACGACGGUGGAGAGUCCGGAGGAGGCUGUGAUGAAGCAGAGCGCGAGGAGAGAGGUACAUGAUCUUCUACAAGGGCUAGAGCCAAGAGAGAAGCAAGUGAUGGUUCUACGUUAUGGACUUGAAGACUACAGUCCCAAGUCUCUGGAAGAGAUUGGGAAGCUUCUUAGUGUUAGCAAAGAAUGGAUCCGGAAGAUCGAACGGAGAGCGAUGACUAAACUCAGGGACCAACCUAACGCAGAGGAUCUCAGAUUUUACUUGAAUCCGUGA